GUGCCCCGAACAAAGAUGGCGCGCUCAGGGCUCACGGGCCGUGGUGCCCCGAACAAAGAUGGCGGGCUCAGGGCUCAUGUGCCGUCGUGCCCCGAACAAAGAUGGCGUCAGCAGACGACAGAUUCCGGUCCGCCGGCAGGGCGGACUCCUGUGACUGUUUCCGUUCACGGGCCCUUCCCCCCAGGGCACUUCCCCCUGAGCCUGCUCCCCAGGUAUGGCUGGGACCCCAGCUCAGAGCACCACAAGGAAGAGGAUCUCAACAACUUAAUGGAGAAGCUGAUGAUGGAGAAAUUGUACGGCCCCCCCAACAGUGCCAAAGCCGAGGAGAUAGCAGACUCGGACGAAGAGCUCUGCUAUUACUACGACAACGAUGGGGAGUAUUACGAGGAUGAGGAGGAGAAAUGGGAUGAUUCCAGCAAGGAAUGCGAUGCAAAGACUGACGAGGACUCGGUCCCUGGCACCUUCUGUGGCUUCAGGAAAUCCUUCCUGUGCAAGGACACCUCACCAGCUCCCCCGCCCCAGAGCUCGCUGGACUAUCAACUGCUGGACCUGAAACUGCCCCAGAGGCAGCGGGUGACCGCAGAGGAAGCGGAGAAGAACGCCAAGGAGCUGGUAGCUGAGGAGGAGCGAGUUAAAAGGAAAGCAGAGAAGAAAAGACUUAAGAAGAAAAGGCAGAAAGACCGGAAGAGGCAAGAAAAACUCGAACAAGAAUUGAAGCCCAAGCCCGAGCUGCAGUCGAAUGAACCUUGUCUGAACGGGGACGCGGAGGAGGAAGGCGCCGUGACGUCAUUGCGGAAGGGGCCCCUGGACUCCAGCCCCUGCCGGCGAGAUCCCAGCAAGGCCUCAGCUCCUAGGAGAGGGGAGGGAGUCAGGGCUCAGGUCAGGAGUGCAGACAUGAGCACCGAGGAGGAGACGGAGGAUGAGCUGGACCUGAGCAGCACCUUUGUCUCCAAAGCGCAGCGCAAGGUGGGUGUGAAGCCGCUGACGCCCAGGAGGGAGAAGGCACCCAGAGCUGAGCACAAGGAGCCGGACAGGAAGCCCCAGCAGGAGGUGCCGAGGCCUGGGCAGGAUGGGAGUGGAGUGGAUCCCAGCACAGUGCUAGCAGGCUAUGGGAACGAGGCGGCGGCGCGGGGCUGCUUCCAGGAGGCCGUGCUCUUCUUCACUGAGGCUGUCAAACUCAACCCUCGGGAGCACAGGCUCUUCGGGAACCGCUCGUACUGCUAUGAGAGGAUGCAGCAGUACGACAAGGCCCUGAGUGAUGCCCACGUGGCAUUGAGCCUCCUGCCCGGCUGGCCCAAAGGCUUUUUCCGCAAGGGCAAGGCCCUCAUGGGGCUGAAGCGCUAUGCCGAGGCCAAAAGCACCUUCCUGGAGCUGCUGCGGCUGGACAGCUCCCACGCCGACGCAGCCGCCCAGCUGGAAGUCUGCCAGGUGCAGCUCAUCCUGGAGAACGGCUUCAGCAGCUUGAGCGGUGAGAGGAGCCUGCCCAUGGAGCCGUCGCUGGGAGCCACGGAGUCUCAGCCGGCAGGCUCUGGUGAGCAGGCCAGGAGCUGGUCCCCGGGCAGCAGUGGCUGCGGCGAGGGGGACGAGGAUGGGGAGAGCGGGUUUGUGACCAUCACGAACUCACGGAGCCGAGGGAAAGGCCCAGGCCAGCAGGGGCUCCGGGCCAGCAGCAGGGAGACCCCAGCUAGCACCAGACACCCCAUAGCCACUGCGCAUCAGGCCAGGGAGUGGUAUGCUGUGUGGGUGGGGAACGUCACCCCCAGGAUCACCCAGACGUUGCUGCGCAGCUGUUUUGAGGCGUUUGGGCCCAUCCACUCGGUGCGGAUGCUCCCGGAGAAGUACUGCGCCUUCAUCAACUACACCAAGAAGGAGGCGGCGGAGGCGGCCUACGCAGCCCUGCAGGGCGCCGAAGUGGAAGGAACCAAGUUUGUGCUGCAGCUGAAGCACCCUGACCAUGCCACGCCAGCCCCUGGGAGGGCUGGCCCUGGCAACGCCCCGCGGCCUGUGGCGAGGGAGCCGGUGCGAGUGCCCCCCACCCUGGAGUGCCAUUUCUGGCGGAACGCCGGCUGCAGCUACGGGGCCGACUGCCGUUUCCGCCACCUGCCCCACAGCAAGGGGCUGGACAAGAAGCUGUCUCAGCACUAGGGCCCUGCCCUGGCCCCGUCGUUGCAGGAGCCUGGAGGCCGGAUGUCCCCAGGCUGACAGCUGGCUCCCGCCUGGCCACGCUGCCUCGUGGGCACACGAGUGACUGGACGGCCACAGUGCUGGGCCUUCCCGAGGUCCCUCCAGCUGCUGCCUGGUGCCUCCCCGUGACCCAGCGCCAGCUAGUGGGCGUCACCCCCUGGGGUACGGCUGGUCUCGCUGCUCUGUGGAUCGGGACCCUGGCUGGCUGGGCUGGGCUGGGCUGCGGGCUUCCCUCCCCUAGGAAGGAGCCAUGCAGGCUGGGUGGGGCGGCCUCCCAGGGGCUGCCUCCGGGUUGGUUGGCCUGGAGGGAAUUGCUGGGCCUCUCCUGGCAGGGAGGGCUGGAAUUGCCCAGUGGGGGCGCUGUGCCCCACACCUAUGGGGGCACUGGAGCUGGCUGCAGCCCCCUUUGCCUUAUUAUGGAGUGAGGCCUAUGGGUACUACGACUCCCAGCAUGCCCUGGAGCCAAGCUGUUGGGAUGGGGGGCAGUGUGGCAUGCUGGGAGUUGUAGUCUGCACCCCCCGGGCUGCUCUUCUAUGGCUAUUUCAUACCAAAAAUUGUCCCGGGGCAGGUUCCUCCCUCAGCCAUGCUCUCUGCCUCCUGCCUUCUGAUUGGCUGAGCCCCGGGUGUGUUACACAGACUCUGCCCAGCUCGGGCUUGUCUGUGCUGCGAUGCUUUGCGCCCUCUGAAGCACUGGGCACUGGCCCCUGUUGGCAGACAGGACACCGGGCUAGAUGGACAUUGGCCUGACCCAGUCUGCCCACCCUGCUGUAGCUCUUUGCGGGGGCUGGCUGGGUGGGGAGUGUGGCCCCUGUCCAUAGAGCCGCCCUCGGUUCCACAUACUCGGGCUUUUAACGUGUUCCCUUUGUUCAUGGAAUAUCCCUCGGGGCUAACCUGGGCCGCCCCAUGCAGAGCCCCACAGGCCUGGGCCAGCUCCUUAUUCCCCUGCCACGUGGUGCUCUCGGCACCAGGCAGGCGGGUCCCCGAUCCCCAUUCGCUCAUGUGCAGCACCGUCCCUGGGGCGCUCUGCCCUAGUGCCGCCUCCAUUCUUCGGCUCCGGCCCACUCUGGCUGGCCUCUGCCUCACCUGUCUCCCACAGCCCUGAGUGCAAAGCCAGCUGGGUACCAGGGCCCGGCCUUGCCCUGCUGAUCAGAGACUGGCUGGCUGCUGGGGGCAGGUGCCAGGCUGUGCAUGGCUGAGGGGCCAGGAUCUGCCUGCGGGAGAUGAUGCAAAUUGACCUCUUAUGGCCCUGAGAGCGUUCAGUGGGUGGGCCUUGCUCCCGGGCUGUGGGGAGGCGAGCCGGUGCCCUGGUGGGGCUCCGCAGACUCUCCCCCCUGCCAGCCCCAGGUUUGCAGUGGCUUCGGCACCCAGUGGGAAUUUGUUCAGGGAUUUGUACCUGCCUGGAGAUUUACAGAUUGUUCUUAAUAAAACUCAUGGAAGAACCCAC